GAUUGAAACCAAUGGGAACUGGAGUCUCGGGGUCAGGGGGCGGGCCCCGCGGGCAGUCAAAUUUGCGCGCGCGGGUCCCGUCAUGGCGGCCUUCCGCGACAUCGAGGAGGUGAGUCAGGGGCUGCUGAGCCUGCUGGGCGCCAACCGCGCCGAGUCUCAGCAACGGCGGCUGCUGGGGCGUCACGAACAGCUGGUGGAGCGGCUGCUGGAGGCGCAGGACAGCGGCGAGCAGCGGCUGCGAGAGAUCCUGGCCGCCGAGGAGGACGUGGCGCGGAGCCUGCUGGACGCCAAGGAGCGGGCGCACCGCGGCGGCGCCGAGCUGCAGCAGCUGGACGCCGAGCUGCGGCGGGCGGCGGCCGAGGACGCGGGGCUGCAGGCCAGCCUGCUCCAGCUCAGCCAGGAGCUGCAGGAGCUCAAGGAGACGGAGGCGGAGCUGAAAAGACAGGAGAGGGAGGUGGACGAGGACGUGACGGUCACCAUCCCCGCCGCCGUGUACGUGGCGCAGCUCUACCGCCGCAGCAGUAAGAUCGAGUGGGACUAUGAGUGCGAGCCGGGGGCCAUCAAAGGCAUCCACCACGGCCCCAGCGUGGCGCAGCCCAUCCACUUGGACGGCACGCAGCUCUCCAAGAAGUUCAUCAGCGACUACCUCUGGAGCCUGGUGGACACCUCGUGGUAGCCGGCGGCGGGGCCCCCAGGCCCGAGCUCACGGCUGUGUCCUACCAGGGACCCGCGAGCCGGCGGGCCCGCACUCCGUGGAGUUCCCAG